UGUGAACUUGACCUACAUUAGCGAUACCAGAGCUAAAAAUAAAGUUACAGCAGAAGUCUGUUGGCAAAGUUUUGCGAUUUUAAUAGACUGUAUUUUAGUAUUCAGAAAUUCAUAAGUUUACAUCUUUAAUGGUGUGUAUUUUUUUUAGUGUUUUGAAAUUUGUAAGAAUAUAUUAGUUAGGACAAAAUGUAUUGGCAUCACAGGCUGGCCAGGAAAUCGUCAAUAUUAGUAAUUGUCUUGUCUGCGAUUUUUGUAUGUGGAGCUUACUGGAGCACCCGCCAUUUCAGUAACAUCAGCAAAAAUGAAAACUUCGAAUCUUUUGUUGCUGCAUCGUCAGAGACGAGUGAUGAACAGGACGAAGAUUUACCCCAAGUAUCCCUGGAGGCCAAACUUAAAAUGGCUAUUGACAAGUUGUCCGCUAAAGGGAUCAGCCCCUCUGCUUUGAUGCUAGAAAAUCUGUACUACAUCCCGAGUGAAGUCCCCUUCGAGAGUUACAACAAUACAAUUUUACACCAGCCAAAGUCUUGCAAGACUCAGACAUUACUUUCAAUUUUAGUGCCGUCCAACCCGGCAUCCAUACAGGAGCGUGAGGCCAUUAGGGAAACGUGGGGAUCUGUGGCCAGGGGCCAUAAGUGGCCUCGCCACAUGCGAAAUUAUGAUGUCCGAGUAUUUUUUGUCUUGGGCACAAUCGGCGAUAGGAAUCUUUCAGAAUUCGUUGAUUCUGUGGCUGAACACAAGUAUAUGUCACAGGGCACAGGGGCGAAUAAUGUUGAGCAAAUAGAUCCCAUAAACGGUGGUCCUGUUAAUGACAGUGAUGACGCCAACGAGACAAAAGCAUACGUGGAGUCUAUAGUCCAGCAGGAAAUAAAAUCAUUCGAUGACAUUAUACAGUUUGAUAUGGUUGACACAUACGCCAAUCUUACUCGAAAACUGCUUCUAGCUUUUGGUUGGCUCAUCAAAUCCUGUCACGUGAGCCAGUUUAUCAUGAAGGCAGACCAGGACGUGUUUGUUAAUGUCCCUCUGCUCUACACUCUCCUCACCCACUAUGCACAUAAAAACACAAUCUACGGGCAUAUCUAUCCCAACAACUGGGUAGAACGACAGGGCAAGUGGGCCGUGGACAAGAGGACGCUGCCUGUUGAUCAGUACCCAAUUUACGCCGCGGGUAAUGCUUACAUCAUGUCUGUGGACGCAGCAGCCACUGUGCUUCGCCUGGCACCAUAUUUCCCCUACGUUCCCGUGGAGGACGCAUUCAUCACAGGGAUUUUGGCUUCUGUGGGAGAUGUGGAUAGGAUCCAUAUGUCUGGAUUCACGAAGUGGAGUGAUCCGCUGCCUGAUGAGUGUGAAUUCAUCAAUAAUGAAAUUUAUGUUGGUAACAACGCUACUGUUCAUGAUCUUCGAAUAAUCUGGUGGCACAUCAUGAUACCUAACAUAGCAGGAUGCUGAUUCAAAAUCAAACUCUAGCAUUGCAGAUUCUUUCCCUAGUGCUCACGCUCUUAAAGUGAUGUGGUAUAAACUCAAGACAUUUUUUUCUAAUAUUCUGCAAAGCGAUUAUUCGGAACUCUCAUCUUCCCUGAGAGAAAAAAUCGUGUACUACUAGAGUCACCAUGGCAACCAUAAACAGACAGACUAGACUACUGAAAGAUAGUCACCAAUUUUAAACUGCUGUGUUCUGUGUUGCGAAAUUCACGCUCCGUAAUGUGAACACCACGAUCUUAGCUUUGUUCAAUGUGGCGUGUGUAAUGUCACUAAUGUGUAGAUCUAAUUACCAUGUUUCUGUAACAGAACCCUCUCCGAUAGGCCUAGAACCGCUAUCAACAUUUACAGAAAAUAAACUGUGAUAAUAUUAAAGGCUUUGUUCGGAGGAGGCUUUCGUCUAACUUUGGCUUCAUAUGAGUCAAGAUAAAAGAACAUUUAACAAGGAUGUCCUAAUCAAUUCAUUUGUCAGUCUUAUGAGCGGCAUGAGCCUAAAAACAUUUUGUAAGUUUAUAUAUAAAAAAAAUAAUUACGUGGAAAAAAAGUGACAAAACUAUGUGUACGUUGCAUUUAUUUUGUGGCGCUGAUAAGUUGAUAAUGGAUUUAAAAAAUCCAAUGUAAUAUCAAAGAGAUUGUUUAUGUGUGUGUUCGUGUGUUUACUGUAAAAAGUAGCGUUAGAUUUUAGUAACUAGGCUAAAUGCGGCGCAUUUAAUCUCUAUUGUAAAAAGUUACAGUGAGCUAAAUGGACCUUGCAAUGAACCCCAGAAGACCUUUCGAGAUACUUCAGUGCUUCUAAAUACUUCCUCUGAAUAUUCUUUUGGAAUUCCCCCCCCCCCCCAUUUGCUAGCCAACUUUCACGCUCUUUCGCCAGGUGUCAAGAUUUACAAAGUAUUAUUAAUUUAUUUUUAAAUACUUAUGGAAAAAAAAACCUCUACAUUUACAACUAAAUCUAUAUCAAUGGUGUAGAAGUUAUUUCCCUUUUUUGAUAUCAAACGAAAUUGUUAAUUACCAAUAAUUAACUAAUUUUUUUUUAUUGAUUUAUGUUUUAAUAAGUACAACAAAAACUUUUUUAAAGUUUCAACUUGAUCGACAUAUUUAGCCACAUCUGUGAAUACCGAAGGAUCAAUUCCAUUUCUUUGUAUCAAACAAAAUGAUUAACCAGUAGGCUAAUUAAUUGUUCAAACUUUUUACUAGACAAACAGAGUGAUUUUAUAAAAACGUUGUGAUUAUAGAAUAAGCCUAUGUGCCUAUAUUGUGUCAAAUUUCAUUUGUUCGUUACAAAGGUGUGUUCAUGAUAGCAACAGUCAUAUUAGGAAUAAUGGUUGUACAAAAUAAAGUCCCCCGUUCAGACCUUGCGAUCCAUGGGGCAUGAUGUAAAGGUCAUCUGUCUCUGUGGCCCACGGCUAACGAGGAGGUAAUGUGGCCAGAACAACGACCUAUACCGUCUUUACUUUUCCCCAACUAAUGCCAGGUAGGACUACUCAUUACAGCUGGGUGAACUCAAAAAAGUUGAAAAUGUUCAGAGCAUCACGUGACAAUUAAUUUUUCUUAAUAAAAAUCAAGAACGAGGCAGCCGAGAGCCUAUAAUAGGCACCAAUCGAUUGUCAUCAAACAAGAGAGCUAGAGUUCCAAUCUCAAUGUUGAUGUGGAAUUUUAAAAAUCAGAUUUAAAUACAGUUGUUUUCUUUUUAUUGAAAGCUAAAAGCAACACGGAAAUAUCCUAGGUAACACCCCCCCCCUUUUCUAGAGCGUACUGCGCAUUGUAUAUGAACACGAGAGUCUUAUCUUAUCUUAUAUAAUACAGACGUUACUUCAAAAAAAAAAAGAAGAUGAUUGCGUCCUACGCGUCAUGCAUUUAGUCAUGCAUGUUAACCAAUGACCUAAACUCCGCCAAGUCACUGGUUUUCCUGGCUAGUUCAGGCAACCCAUUCCAUGCUCUAAUGGCGCUAGAGUCGUGUUGAAGGCCUUGAAAAGCAAUUUUAUAAACACAGUAUUGUUACAACUCUGGUGGUGAUGCGGAUAGGGGUAAAUGUAUGUGUGUGUAGUCAGCUGACACAAAUUACACAGGCCAGCGCUAGACAAGCGUUCAACCGUGCACAAGUAUAGUUUUUUUGGCUAAUUAACUGGCCCUCUAACAUCGAAAGCAUAAUUUAUCAUAAUUUAUGCAUUAUGAGUGGACAGAAAAAUAUAGAAGUGCAGAUCUUAGAAAGGAAGUGGAGAUGGAUUGGUCACACCCUUAGAAAAGAUAGGCCUACCAGCAACAGAGCUAGGCAGGCCUUAGAGUGGAACCCCAGGGAACAAGGCGCAGAGGAAGACCAAAAUGAACAUGGUACUAGAAGAAGCCGAGAGGACCGGAAAGAGCU